GAAGGUAUGGCCGAGAUAUUGCGCGACACCGGGCGAUACAACUGUGUGUUUGCGGUGAACGGCGUUUGGAAAGCACUGCUCGAGUCCAUGGGAUUUGACGUCAAACUUAUGGAAAGUGUGGUCUUUAAUGAUGCCAUAAAGGACUCGCCGGACAGCAGUCUAAUGGACCCCAAAAAUACAAAAACAUUUGCUAAGCCUCUGGAACCGACCUCUCGUAUGAAUACAUUGUUUUUGAAGUAUUUUGUGAAAGAAGCCAAAGAAACGGAUCCAUACGUGAAGACUAUUAUUGGGGACCUGAAGCCAGACCUUAUAAUAUCGGAUCAUUUAAUCAGUUAUCCAUCGAUUGUGAAAUCAGGUAUACCCUGGAUAUUCAGUUGGAAUGAUAGCGCGUUAUCACUGGAUUUGGGUUAUCCUGAUAAACGGCUACCACCAUCCUAUUUAGGUAUUCGGACAAAUAGUGAGACAAAAGUGGAGGAGAAAUACAGACAACAAUGGGGUCCAUCCCCUUAUGCUAACUUCUAUAUGAUACCUAAGAAACUGGAUUAUACGGAUGUCAGACCACUUCCCGACACUUUCCAUGCAUUUGAUUGUUUCAAACGCUGUGGAAAUGGAGAUUUGAUUGAAAUACCAGAUAAUCUUAAGAAUAAGUCCUGGAAACUGAUUUUACUGUCAUUUGAUAUGUUUGUGUCCAGAGAUGUAGAGCUCAUGAAGAGAUUGGUUGCGAUUUUGUCCAAAUCUAAGCACCGGUUCAUUGUCUCCAAAGGUGUCAAUCAUAAUGAAUACGAAUUGGCGGACAAUAUGUGGGGCGAGAGGUCUGUCCCACAGAUCAAAGUGUUGCCAAUCGUGGAUCUGGUCGUAACACAUGCCGGCAAUAAUACAGUGACGGAAACCAUGUAUUUCGGGAAACCUAUGAUAGUUUUGCCCCUAUUUUUCGAUCAGUUCGAUAGCGCACAGAGUUAUGGGAAAAGGGUUUGGGAUUAG